AUGUCGAUCUCGGCGGUGCAGAACCUCGACCACCUCAAGCGCAAGAAUAGCUCCAAAUCCUUCCUCACACGCGGCGACAGCUACCGAAGAUCAACGCGAGGCAGCGAUGGCACAGUGAACACGACGAGUAGCGCUAAGACGAAUAUCACGGCGCCACCAGAGUACAGCAAGAAGUUCGUUGUGGUGGGCGAUGGAGGAUGUGGCAAGACUUGCUUGUUGAUCUCAUACUCGCAAGGCUACUUUCCAGAAAAAUACGUACCGACGGUCUUCGAAAACUACAUCACACAAGUCGAGCACAAGCCCUCCGGCAAAGGUGUGGAGCUGGCAUUAUGGGAUACCGCCGGCCAGGAAGAAUACGAUCGACUACGACCACUGUCUUACCCCGAAACCGAUCUACUCUUCGUCUGCUUCGCAAUCGACUGUCCGAACUCGCUCGAAAACGUGCUUGAUAAGUGGUAUCCCGAAGUCCUACACUUCUGCCCAACGACACCCAUAAUCCUUUGCGGCCUCAAAUCCGACCUCCGACACAAACGCCAAUGCAUCGAGCUUCUCAAAACACAAGGUUUGACCCCAGUCACACAAGCACAAGGCAAAACCGUCGCGCAGAAAAUGGGCGCUCUGUACAUGGAGUGCUCGUCGAAGGAGAUGAGUGGUGUGCACGAGAUCUUCGAUACUGCAAUCGAUAUCGCUGUACGAGGGCAAGAUGAGGAGGCUCAUGGUGGCAGUGGAGCAAGGUCGGGUGGUUCAAAGGGAGAAAGCGGGCAGCUGCCGCUCAAGAAGAAGAAGAGGGCUGGAUGCAAGAUUUUGUGA